AUGGAAAACCCAGAAAUGAAUCAAAUUGAUGAGAUUAUGGUUAUGGAGGAAACAUCACAAGAUAUAGAAGGACCAGAUGAUAGUUGCCUAAGUGGAGGCGAGUUAGAGGAUGAGUUAGGGACAGAUGUAGUAAAUGCAGUUUCAAAAUUUAAAGAUGGCACUAGUAGAUCAGUAAAAAAAAGUAGAAGAAAAUUUGCAAUGAAUAUUGCAACUGAUGAAGUUUUUAAUUUAUCAUCAGAUCAAUUGUUACAACCCCCACUUUCACCAAAUUCAGCAUCAAGACCACCACUUGGUAACAAUUCGAUUUUAUCUAAAACCACCCAAUCAUCACCAAGUAAAUCAAUUCAGCAACAAACAAAUAGUGCAUCAACAUCAACUGUAUCAUCACCAUAUAAACCAUCACCACUUUCAUUUUCAUCAGGAAUACUUCCAAAUUCUAGAAUUGACGAAGCACCCCCAACUUUAGGAAAAUAUCAAUUAUUACAUCAUAUAGGUCAAAGUUAUAGUGGUAAUACAUUUUCAGCAGUACCACCAGAUUCCAGCGAAUAUGUUGCCAUUAAAGUUAUAGAUAGAGAAAGAUUAAAUAUGGUUCAUCAAAACAUUUUACUGAAUGAAUUUCAAUUAUUAAAAACUUUAAAACAUUCUGGUAUUGUACAAUAUAUUGGAAUAAUUAAUGAUAAUACAGGAUUAGGUAUUGUUCAAGAGUUUUAUGAAAAUGGAUCAUUGGCAGAUAUAUUCAGUAGAUCAGGGUCAUUCCAAGAGGGUUUAAUUGCUAAAUAUACUUUACAAAUAUUAGAUUCAUUAGGUUACAUCCAUUCUCAAGGAAUAGUUCAUAGAAAUUUAAAAUCAAAUAAUGUAUUAUUAGCCAAAGGAGGUAAAGUUAAAAUUUCAGAUUUUGCAAUUGGUAUUAGAAGUAGUGGGGUUGGUAUUGACCCAAGUAUUCGAUACUCUAUUAUUGGUCACCCAUACUGGACAUCUCCAGAAGUGCUACAAAUGAAAUCAUUUAACCAUAAAGUGGAUACAUGGAGCAUUGGUUGUUUAAUUAUGGAAUUAAUUGUUGGCCACCCCCCAUUCUCUCAUUUGGAACCUAUCGAAGCUUUGGUAGAAACCAUCAACCCAAAAACCAACAUAUUUCCAGAUUGCUUAGAUGAAAACGAACAAUCUUUAUUCUCCACUGAACUUUCACAAUUCCUCGAGUUAUGCUUCAAGAAAGAUCCAUCCGAAAGAGCAUCUGUUCACGAUUUACUUAGACAUCCAUGGUUAUCUUCAAAUAAUGAUGUCGCUGCUGCCAAUAUUAAUCAUCAGUCCCAUAGUAGCAAUCAUAGAUCAGAGUUUUUCUCAUUAGACUUCCUCUCACAAUCUGAACAAAAUGAAAAAGAAAUCAACAAGUUGUUAUCUGAUGAAUUAAUUUUAAAUCAAAUCGAUGUCAGAAAGUUUGAAUUUUUGCACUAUAACGAAGGCAACCCAAUAAUAAUAGAUAAUAAUAUCGAUGAUAGUAACAAUAAUAGUAAUGGAAACACCAAUAGCAGCGAAUUUAAUAGCCUCAGCAAAGAUGAAAAAAUUGAAAAGUUAAAAUCGAUAAUAGAUCAUAAUUCAACUGUUGCAAAUAAUUUAAAGUAUACUAUUCAAGAGGUUUUACAAGAGCAACUCAAAUACUUUGAAAUUUGUUUAUCUAUGAAAACAAAGACAAUGGAGCUUUUGGUUCAAAAUAAAACUGGUGCUAGAAUUUCCGCUCAUAGUAAUAUGCUUUUAAAGAGAACCAAUCAAAUGGCAAAUGACCUAGGAAGAAAGAAUGAAACCCUACAAUCAAAUAUUAAACGUUUAGAGGAUUAUUUAAUAACCAAAGAUGAUUGUGCCAAAAAAUUAGCGAAUGUAGUUUACCGAAAUAAAAUAUCCUUUGAUAGUCUUUUAAAUCCAACAUUAGCAGCAAAUCUCACUUACCAAAUAGGAAGCAAAACUUGGAAAAAAGGCCAAGAAAAACGUGCUUUUGCCACUCUCAAAGAUAACUUUUUAUUCUUUUUCAAAAAUGAAAAAUCAUCUUAUCCUAUUGAUGUCAUAUAUAUCAAUGAUAAAAGAAAUCUUUCAAUUAGUUCAACUCAAGAUUCCAAAAAAAAAACUUAUUUAAUUUGUAUUGGUACAACCAUUCAUGAUCAACAAAAUUUAGAACAACCACUAUUAACUCCAAGUACAAAUGGUAGUAGCAAUAAUGGCAAUGAUAGUAGUAAUAAUGUUAAUAAUAUGCUUUCAACUUCACCAGGUUCAUUAGUAAAUAGUACAAGUAAUCCAUCCAUUGCAAACUCAACAAUAGCCCCAACUAAAGAGCCAAAAGAAAAGGAAAAAGAAAUAAAAGAGAAAGAUAAAGAAGUAAAAGAUAAGGACUCAAAAGAAAAAGAUAAAGAGUCAAAAGAUAAAGAAAAGGAUAAAGAAAAAGAAAAAGAUAAGGAUAAAGAAAAAGAUAAAGAUAAAGACUUAAAACUAGACCUCAACAAUUAUAGUCCAGAUACAAUUUGGUGUUUAUUAGCAUUUGAUAAUUCUAAAAAUAUGGAAAAUUGGUAUGGUGUAUUAGAAAGCGUAGUACCAUGGUAUGAAAAGAAAUCCUAUGAAAUUAGCAAACCAAUUGUAGCCAUCGAAAAGAAACAUCAAAAACAGAAAUCAUUAGACUCAUCAAAUAAAUCUGACUCCUUAAAGGAUUGGAAAAAAGAAAGUGGAGGUAUUAAAUUCCCAGGUGUUUUAGGUAUUAGACUAGAUGAUUUAAUGACUAGAGAGAGUUCAACAGCAGAGUUACCAUAUUUCCUUUCAAAGAUGCUCAAGUUUUUAGAAAAGAAUGUCGAUGAAGAGGGUAUACUUAGAAUGUCUGGUUCAUCAGUAGAAAUUAGUGAAAUGAAAGAAAAAAUUCAAAAAGGUGAAUCUAUCGAUUACACUAACAAAGAUCCACAUGCAGUAACAGGUUUAUUAAAAAUGUUCCUAAGAGAGUUACCAGAGUCCAUUCUUCCUGAACAUCUACGUAUACAAGGUACAGAGAUUUUAGCAAACAGUCGUUAUACUGAAAAGGAUAAAGUUAGAGAAAUUCAAGGUCUUUUAGCUCAACUAACCAAACCUCAUUAUAACCUCUUAAAACAUAUGUUAUUUUUCGCAAAACAGGUUGUUGAUAGAAGUGAAUACAAUAAGAUGGUAAUCGCAAAUGUCACAACUUGUUUCUCACCAACCCUUAGAUUACCUCCAGGUUUAUUCCACUUUUUAAUUAAUACAUAUGACCAAUCUUUCCCAAAAUUCAGUUUAUCAACUUAA